AUCCACAAACACAAAACUCUUCUUCGUAUUUGUGUGAUCAAGAAUUCUCCCAAAUGUCUCAUGACCCGAAAAUACACCCGGUCCAUGACCCGGAAGCCGCAUCGGUGCGACCAUCGGCUCCUCUGGUACCACGUGCUGCCUCUAGAUCAGAACAAGGAGACCCGGCCAAAGACCCUUUGACCCAACGGCCCGAACGGUCCAUACCAUACACACCGUUGGCUCCACCGAGGAAGAGAGGAAGAAGCUGUUGCUGCAGGUGCGUGUGUUACACACUCUGCCUUCUCUUGCUCCUUGUUGUUGUAGUAGGCGCGACGAUUGGUAUACUCUACCUUGUGUUUAAACCGAAGCUACCGGAUUACUCUAUUAACCGGUUGCAGCUCACACAAUUUGCACUUAACCAAGACUCGAGUUUGUCCACGGCUUUUAACGUGACUAUAACUGCUAAGAAUCCGAACGAGAAGAUCGGGAUUUAUUAUGAAAAUGGGAGCAAGAUUACCGUGUGGUACACGCAAGCCAAACUCAGCCAGGGGUCAUUGCCAAAAUUCUAUCAGGGACAUGAAAAUACGACAGUGAUAUAUGUAGAAAUGACUGGCCAAACUCGGGAUGCAACGGAUAUAAUGACUACAUUACGAGAGCAGCAACAAAGAACUGGGAAUAUACCAUUGAGAUUAAGAGUUAACCAACCGGUUAGAAUCAAAUUAGGGAAGUUGAAGCUGAUGAAGGUGAGAUUCCUGGUUAGAUGUAAUGUAUUUGUGGAUAGCUUGGCUGCAAAUAAUGUUAUUAAGAUUCAAAGUAGUAGCUGCAAAUUUAGGCUCAGGCUAUAAUUCUGUUUCUUUAAUAUUCUAUUUGUCAUUACUCAUUAUUGUAUUUUCCUUUUUUUUUUUGUAAUUCAUAUUUUCAUUAGAGGAGUUAUCUUGUCAUGUAUAGUCUACACUCUUGUGUCAUACCUUUGUUAUACAAAUUACUGAUUUUUAUUACGAAUAAUUGUUUUCUGUAUGUUGAUUUAUUAAUAAGUUAGUUCUAG